CCCCAGAUGUACAGGGACAUUUCCUCCUCACUGACUACCAAUGUUAGGAAGCUUUCUUACCAAUGAUCUCCAAAUGUAAGGGACAAUUGAUUCUCACUUGAUCACCAAUGUAAGGAGCAUUCUUCCCAACUGAUCACCAUUGUAAGGGACAUUUCUUCCCAACUGAACCACCAAUGUAAGGGGGACAUUCUUCCCACUGACCCCCUAAAUGUAAGGGACAUUCUUCCCACGUCCGUAUCACCAAUGUACGGAGCAUUCUUCCCACUGAUCACCAAUGUACGGAGGCCAUUCUUCCCACUGACCUACCAAUGUAAGGGACAUUACUUCCCCACUGACCCCCAAUGUAAGGGAUUCUUCCCACUGCCCCCAAUGAAAGCCAAUCUUCUCACUGACCCCAAUGUAGGGACAUUCUUCUACACUGACACCGAAUGUAAUGGUGACAUUCUU